CCUCGAAAGUCGCCAAGGAUAAGCUGCGUCACUGCACAUCUGAUGAGCGUCCACAGAUGCCAAAGCAAAUCCCCAACACUACAUAUAAAAAAGGAGUUCUACAGAAAUGAUGUGCUCCCAUAUCUCUCAUUAUCUCGCAAUGCCUUGGCACAAGAAUAUAAAUUUUGUCCGUUGCAUCAUUCUUCCAACAACCAAUCGCCAUGUGAGUGCUUUUGUCGCUGGAGUUAUAUUGCUUAUGUUAUGUUGUACAUCUAUACACUCACUCAGCCAAACCAAUACUCAGCCCUUGCCUUUAGGAAAAAAUUGGUUCUUGCAACUGUGCCAAGUAGCACUAUCUCAUCAUCUCAACUUUUGAUUUUUAGUUUGGCCAUUCAGCAAUUGAUUGACUAUUGAGGUUGAAUUACGGUGU